AUGGAUGCAAAGAUCUACCUACAAUCUUAUGGAUGGAAAGAAGGAGAAGCAUUAAAGCAAGGGGGUUUGAGAAAACCAAUUCUUGUCAAACAUAAAAAGGACACUAAAGGUUUAGGACAUGAUACUAAUGAUGCUGAGGCAUGGUGGGAAAGACUUUUCGAUGGGCAGUUAAAAAAUUUAGAAGUGAAAAAUGGAUCAGCAGGCGCCGUCAGCUUUGAGCAAAAUAGCGAAACAGUGGUGAAAGAUGUUAGGAAAGCAAACUCGCCAUUAUAUAGAAUGUUUGUUAAGGGCCAAGGUUUGGCUGGAACUGUUGGGAAGACGAAACACACACAAGUCAAGAGCACUAAACUAGACGCAUCCAAGGUGUUCGAAGCGGUAACAGAGAAUCUUAAAGGAGACACUCAAAUUAAAAGUAGCAAAUCCAAGAGUAGCAGAAAGGAUAAAGAUAUAAAGGAUAAGAAAGUACGCGAUAAAAAGUCAAAGAAAGAUAAGGAAGAGAAAAAGGAUAAGAAGAGUAAAAAGAAUGAAAAGAUACAAUCAGAUAAACCAGACAUUGAAACGAAGAAAAUAAAGAAGGAGAAGAAGGAAAAGAAGACUAAGAAGAUGAAAUCCAACAAGAAAGAUAAAGACGAAAAGAUACCGUCAAGUACCACAAACAAAUCUGGGAAGAAACGUAAGAGGGAUGAUAAAAUGGACAAAGAUGAUUCUUCCUCUAAGAAAAAGAAAAAGUCGGUUACCACUGCCUAA